AUGCUCUCCAAGGCUAAAGACUUCGCCUUCCUUUUCGACUUUCCCGAUUUCAGCCCAGGCAAUGGAUGGCUCCACCGGUUUAAGGCUCGCCACGGAAUUGUUGUCAAGGUGGUCGUCGGCGAGGCUGCGUCUGUGAACAACGAGGACGUCGAUGCGUGGCUUUCCGACAACCUCCCAACAAUCACGAGCUAUGCUCCACGGGACGUUUGCAAGGCCGGUCGCAUGAGGACUUGUGGCGACGCGUCGUUGACACGCAGCUGGCCGGACCUGACGUUGCCUGGGACGAUUUUGUUUCUGCUGGUGACGACGCGGACAUUGCGGAGCCAUGCACUGACGAAGCUAUUGUGCGUGGAGUACGAGCCCUUCCUGACUGCCCAGAGACCGACGAGGACGAUGACGAGGAUGCUGUUCUACCGCCGGUUGCUGUGA